CUGCAACAAACAUGACGUUCAGUGAUAACGAUAUUUCGGGGAAGCUGGUCCUUGUUACCGGUGCCUCGGGCGGCUGCGGCUCAGCAAUCACCAAGCAGUUCGCUGCAUUAUCCUGCGAUCUUGCUCUCACAUAUUCAUCGAACAAGGAAGCCAUUGAAAAGCUCGUGGAGGAGAUCUCAUCCUCCAACAAUAAGCUGAAAAUCACGAUUCAUCAAGCCGACUUAUCAUCUCCCGAAGCACCCACGAAGCUCACAGAGCAGGUGCAGAAGGACCAUGGGCGCGCAGUCGAUAUACUAAUUGCAAAUGCUGGUUAUGGCAAGCGGAUACGGGAUGUUUCGGAUAUCCCACUGAGUGAAUUCGAAAUUACGCUGAACGUGAAUCUGAGAGCGCCCUUUUUACUCGUAAAGGGCGUCGUGGAUGGGAUGAAGGCGCAGAAAUGGGGCCGGAUCAUCUUCGUCUCGUCCAUCGCAGCGUACGGAGGUGGUAUGAAUGGCUGCCAUUAUGCCGCGUCCAAGGGAGGCCUGAUGGCGAUGAUGAAGAACUUGUCAACCACACUCGCACCAUUCAACAUAUCUGUCAAUGAUGUAGCGCCUGCCAUGGUCGGAAACACGGGCCUGCUGCCCUCGGGAGACCAGUUUCCUGGACUUGUCGACAGCAUUCCAUUAAAGCGCCUGUGUGAGCCCGAAGAAGUCGCCAAUGCCGUGACGUUCUAUGCGCGCACGGGAUUCACCACUGGGCAAAGUAUCAUCAUUGCAGGCGGCUUGAAGUAGAGCGCGGAGAGAGGAUGCGUUCACGUAGUUCUCGGAUUGGAUGUGGGAUGGCGUCGGCGCAAUGGUUUGAAGAAUGAGCUCUCGCAGCCAGAGGAAGACGGACACUCUCUUGCACAUUCUCAGCGGGGUCCUCCCUGCAAUGGAAUGACGUGUUGAGGUGUCGGUCAGGUAUGUGAUGGGUGAUGGGUGGUGCAUUGGCGUAAUUGUGGUGAUGGUACAUGUGCUCGGGCCAGAAAGUGGAGGAUGUCUGCCUUUGUCAUCUGGAGAGGAUCGGCCGCUAGGAGGAAGGACUUACAGUAGCCUUCCCCAAUGCAAGGAACGACGCCACGACUUCGGCCCAGCGUGUACAUUCGGAGGAUACCAUGCCGGCGUAUCUUGUAUGUACUUGUACCUGACCUAUGGAUGAACAAACGACGUCGUGGAGACAGGGAAGACGGCGUGGUGGUGACGGCGGUGGUGCUGUACGGUGGUAGCGAUGUAAACAAACAACUUCUGGCCUCGCAGGUCCGGAAGCU